GCAUGUGGCUUCAUGUGUGAUGUUACUGGGAAUACCUGAAGUACAUGUUUCCCAGAGUCCUGAUCAGGGAGAGACCUGGGAGACUCAGCGUAGCCCAGAACGGCAGCAGAGAAACCAUGCAAGGGAGGGACAGGGUAAAUCCUGUCACCGGAGGAGAGCGGUGAAACACAAAGAAACGGUUCAACAGAAGGUCCCCCAACAACAUGCACCCUGUGCUUGCAGUGAGUGUACAACCCUUAGUAAACAGGAAAGUACUCACUCUGGAGAGGAGACCUUCAGCUGCUCUGACUGUGGGAAAUGUUUCAGUCAGAGGUCAAACCUUGUUGUCCACAGGAGAAGCCACGCAGCAAGACGCUUCAGCUGCUCUGACUGCGGGAAAAGCUUCCAUCAGAGUUCAGAGCUUGUAAGACACAGGAGAACCCACACAGGAGAGAAGCCCUUCAGCUGCUCUGACUGUGGGAAAAAAUUCAGUCGGAAGUCACACCUUGUUGCUCACAGGAGAAUCCACACCGGGGAGAAACCCUUCAGCUGUUCUGACUGUGGGAAAAGCUUCUGUGACAGUUCAAACCUUGUUCGACACAGGAGAACCCACACAGAAGGGAAACCUUUAAGGUGCUCUGACUGUGGGAAAAGUUUCAGUGAGCGCUCAGAGCUUCUUAUGCAUGCGUUUCUCCCCUGCGUGGAUUUUCCUUUCAGCUGCUCCAGCUGUGGGAAGAGCUUCCGUCGUCGGUCAGCCUUUGUGAGACACAGGGGAACCCACACGGGGGAGAGACCCUUCAGCUGCUCUGAGUGCGGGAAAACCUUCAGUCGGAGCUCACACCUUACUAUCCAUAAGAGAACCCACACUGGGGAGAGACCUUUCAAGUGCUCUGUUUGCGGGAAAAGUUUCAUUUGCAGAUCACACCUUGCUCUCCACAGGAGAAUUCACACCGGGGAGAAACCCUUCCGCUGUUCUGACUGUGGGAAAAGCUUUUAUUUGAGGUCAAACCUUGCUAUCCACAGCAGAACUCACAGGGGGGAGAAACCCUUCUGCUGCUCUGAUUGUGGGAAAAGCUUCAGUUCUAACUCAGACCUUCUUACACACAGGAAUAUCCACAGUGGGGAGAAACCUUUCAGCUGCUCUGAUUGUGGGAAAAGCUUCCAUCAUCGUUCAGGCGCGGUUAGACACAGGAAAACCCACACAGGAGAAAAACCUUUCAUGUGCUCUGAUUGCGGGAAGAGCUUCAUUUGGAAUUCAAACCUUGUUGCCCACAGGAGAAAACACACAGGGGAGAGACCUUUCAGUUGCUCUGAUUGUGGGAAAAGCUACAGUUCUCGCUCAGAACUUAUUACACAUAAGAGAACCCACACAGGAGAGAAACUUUAUAAUUGCUCUGACUGUGGGAAAGGAUUCCAUACGAGAUCAGAGUUUGUUACUCAUUGUAGAAUCCACACAGGGGAGAGACCCUUCAGCUGCUCUGAGUGUGGGAAAACCUUCAUUCGGCGCGCGUAUCUUGUCAGUCAUAAAAGAACCCACACAACAGAGAAACCCUUCAGCUGCUCUGACUGUGGAAAAUGCUUCCGUUAUAGUUCAGCCUUUGUUACGCACCAGCGAACCCACACGGGGGAGAAACCCUUCAGCUGCUCUGACUGUGGGAAAAGCUUCCGUCAGAACUCAACCCUUGUUAUCCAUUUCAGAAUCCACACAGGGGAGAAACCCUUCAGCUGCUCUGAGUGUGGGAAAACCUUCAGUCGGAGCUCCUACCUUGUCAGCCAUAGAAGAACGCACACAGGAGAAAAACCCUUCAGCUGCUCUGACUGUGGGAAAUGCUUCUGUCAUAGUUCAAACCUUGUUACGCACAAGAGAACCCACACAGGGGAAAGACCCUUUAGCUGCUCUGACUGUGGGAAAAGCUUCAGUCAGAGUACACACCUUGCUACCCACAAGAGAAUCCACAUGGGACAAACCUUCAGCUUCUCUGACAGUGGGAAAAGCUUCAGCCAGAGCUCACUGGCUGCAAGAUACUACAUACAAGAGACACGCCUCAUAACUGCUCUGACUAGUUUUCCUUUCAGCUCAGCACAGAAAAUGACUCCUGUCUGGAUUCUCUCUCUAUCCCAGCAGGUGAUGGAAGGGAUGUUCCUGGGAAGAUCUGAAGGGCAUGUCUCCCGGAGUCCUGAGCAGGGAGAGACCUGUGAGAAUCAGCGUAGCCUAGGACGGCAGCAGGGAAACCAUGCAAGGGAGGGACAGGGUAAAUCCAGUCACUGGAGCAAAGGGGAGAAAGGAAACACAGAAACCAUUCAACCCAACGUUCCCCAUCAAUAUGCACCCUGCGCCUGUAGCAUCUGUACAACCCUUAGUGAACAGGAAAUAACCCACCCAGGAGAUAAGUCCUUCAAAUGCUCUGACUGCGAGAAAUGCUUCCGUCAGAGGUCAAACCUUGUUAGACACAGGAAGAUCCACACAGGAGAGAAACCCUUCACCUGCUCUGACUGCGGGAAAAGCUUCCAUCAGAGUUCAGAGCUUGUUAGACAUCGAAGCAUCCACACAGGAGAGAAACCUUUCAGCUGCUCUGACUGUGGGAAACAUUUCAGUCGGAAGUCAUACCUUAUUACCCAUCGUAGAACCCACACAGGAGAGAAGCCCUUCAGCUGUUCUGACUGUGGGAAAAGCUUCAGUGAUAGUUCACGCCUUGUUCGACACAGGAGAACCCACACAGGAGAGAAACCUUUUGUGUGCUCUGUCUGCGGGAAACACUUCCAUCAGAAGUCACACCUUGUUAUCCACAGAAGAACCCACACAGGAGCGAGACCCUUCAGCUGUUUUGAUUGUGGGAAAAGCUUCCGUCAGAGUUCAUGCCUUGUUACCCACCAGAGAACCCACACAGGUGAGAAGCCCUUCAGCUGCUCUGACUGUGGGAAAAGCUUCAGUGUGAGUUCAAACCUUGUUGCUCACAGGAGAACCCACACAGGAGAGAGACCCUUCAGCUGCUCUGACUGCGGGGAAAGCUUCCGUCAGAGCUCAGAGUUUGUGAGACAUCGGAGAAUCCACACAGGAGAGCGACCCUUCAGCUGUCCAGACUGUGGGAAAAGCUUCAGUCGGAGGUCAAACCUUGUUACCCAUAGGAGAACCCACAGAGGACAGACUCCGACCCCACUGCAGGAGCUGGGGAAAGAAGAUGAAUGGAACAAGGCAGAAGUGCUGUGCCUGCAAAGAAUGGAUGGCAUGGAAAUGGGCUGGAUCCUGAAGCUCAGAGCCCUCUAUUGGGACGUGAUGCAGGAGAAUUACGAGGCUGUGAGCUGGCUGGUCCCUGCAGGUGAUGGGACACUGAGUGAAAACAAUGAGGAGAAUCUUCCACAGGAAGGACUGGAGCAUGUGACUCCAUGUGGGAUGUUACUGGGAAGAUCUGAAGGGCAUGUUUUCCAGACUCAUGAGCAGGCAAAGACCUGGGAGCAACAGCGUAACCCAGAACGGCAGCAGGGAAACCAUGCAAGGGAGGGACAGGGUAAAUCCAAUCACAGGAGCAGAGGAGAGAAAAGAAACACAGAAACCAUUCAACCAAAAAUCCCCCAUCAGCAUGCACCCUGCGCCUGUAGCAUCUGUACAACCCUUAGUGAACAGGAAAGUUCCCACCCAGGAGAGAAGUCCUUCAAAUGCUCUGACUGCGGGAAAUGUUUCAGUCAAAGGUCAAACCUUGUUAAACACAGGAAAAUCCACAUAGGAGAGAAACCCUUCACCUGCUCUGACUGCGGGAAAUGUUUCAGUCAAAGGUCAAACCUUGUUAAACACAGGAAAAUCCACAUAGGAGAGAAACCCUUCACCUGCUCUGACUGCGGGAAAAGUUUCCAUCAGAGUUCAGAGCUUGUUAGACAUCGGAGCAUCCACACCGGAGAGAAACCCUUCAGCUGCUCUGACUGUGGGAAACGUUUCCGUCGGAAGUCAUACCUUGUUGCCCAUAAGAGAACCCACACAGGAGAGAAGCCCUUCAGCUGUUCUGACUGUGGGAAAAGCUUCAGUGAUAGUUCACGCCUUGUUCGACACAAGAGAACCCACACAGGAGAGAAACCUUUUGUCUGUUCUGUCUGUGGAAAACACUUCCAUCAGAAGUCACACCUUGUUAUCCACAGAAGAACCCACACAGGAGCGAGACCCUUCAGUUGUUCUGACUGUGGGAAAAGCUUCCGUCAGAGUUCAUCCCUUGUUACCCACCAGAGAACCCACACAGGUGAGAAGCCCUUCCGCUGCUCUGACUGUGGGAAAAGCUUCAGUGUGAGUUCAAACCUGGUUGCCCACAGGAGCACCCACACAGGUGAGAGACCCUUCAGCUGCUCUGACUGUGGGGAAAGCUUCCGUCAGAACUCAGAGUUUGUGAGACAUCGGAGAAUCCACACUGGGGAGAAACCGUUCAGCUGCUCUGACUGCGGGAAAUGCUUCCGUCAUAGGUCAGCCCUUGUUAGACACAGGAGAACCCACACGGGGGAGAAACCCUUCAAUUGCUCUGACUGUGGGAAAAGCUUUAGUGCGAGUUCAAACCUUGUUACUCAUCAGAGAACCCACACAAGGAAGAAGCUCUUCAGCUGCUCUGACUGUGGGGAAAGCUUCACUCAGAGCUCAGAGUUUCUUAGACAUCAGAAAAUCCACACCGGAGAUCAACCCUUCAGCUGUCCAGACUGUGGGAAAAGCUUCAGUCGGAGGUCAGACCUUGUUACCCACAGGAGAACCCACAGAGGACAGAGCCUAUAAUAAGGGUGGGCAAUAAUUUUUGCUAGGAUCUAAUUAAUGAAUUUUCCUAUUUGGUCCCAGGUCAGCUGUAUUCCCCCCCCCCCCCCAAAGAUGGGCAGGGCUGGAGUUUAAUUGCCCCUCACCCUCCAUCUCAUCCAUACACUCAUCUUGAACUGAAUUGCAGGGAUGAGUUUCUCUGUGUUUUACUUUGUUCUUUUCUUGGUUACUUUGAAACACCGAGCCACCGAGUCUGCUUUAUCAAGUGUAUAUUUUUGUUUUGUUUUAAUAAAUCAUUUUUUAA